AGUGAACGCAGCCAGGGAGUAAAUUGUGCGAGCCCAGUGUUCGGCUCUGCCAGUUUGAGCUGGCAUUUUUGAUUUAGGUAGAUUUCUUUUUCUUUUUCUCUUUUUUUUUGGACAUCUCUUUUUGUGAGAUUUCUUUUCUGCCCCUACUGGUUUAUUAUCAGCUAAGACAAAGGCAAAAGAAAAGAGUUAAAGAGAGAGAGAGACAGAGAGAGAGGCACAGUGAAUAGAUGCUGCGCAGCUGACAGCAGAGGAAGCGGCAUAGUUUUCAGCCAUUGCACUCCCCGACCGCAGCCUUUUCUGCCUAGGAGAUUAAAAAAACAAAAGGACAAAAGACUCCCCUGCCUCUUCCAACCUGCUAACAUCCGAUCACCAGCCUGCACAUCGCAGUGUGUGUGUGCGCGCGCAUAAGGACACCGUGGGUGUAUGGUGCUUUUCUUCCAGCCCUCAAAGGCAUGGACUGAAGAUGAUGCAGCCAGGGGCACAAGUAAGAGCCUGUGCCGCAGAAACCCCUUCCCCUCGCUGACAGAGCCAGACCAAGAGGAGCAACGCCGGGGGAGGGGGAGGGGGGGUUAAAGGAGAGGAGGAGGACAAGAAGAGAGCUGGGGGGGUACUCUCCUUGGAUUACUGUGAAGGGUCUUCCACUUCCCUUUUUGUAUUUUUUGCUUUUUUCCCUGUCAUCUUGCGAUGCAUAGUUUUUAAACCGAAGAAUGUGGAGACAACAUUUUCCAGGUAUUCGGCCCCAAAUCAUGAAUGGGCCAAUGCAUCCGCGCCCUCUGGUGGCGCUGCUGGACGGGCGCGACUGCACCGUGGAGAUGCCCAUCCUGAAAGACUUGGCAACAGUUGCCUUCUGUGAUGCCCAGUCCACGCAGGAGAUCCAUGAGAAGGUGCUCAAUGAGGCAGUGGGGGCCAUGAUGUACCACACCAUCACCCUGACCAGGGAGGACCUGGAAAAGUUCAAAGCGCUCCGCAUCAUCAUCCGCAUCGGCAGCGGCUAUGACAACAUCGACAUCAAGGCUGCUGGAGAACUGGGAAUCGCAGUGUGCAACAUUCCCUCGGCAGCUGUGGAGGAGACUGCAGACUCCACCCUGUGCCACAUCCUCAACCUUUACCGGCGAAACACUUGGCUCUACCAGGCUCUCCGGGAGGGCACGCGGGUCCAGAGCGUGGAGCAGAUUCGUGAGGUGGCUUCUGGCGCCGCCCGCAUUCGUGGCGAAACCCUGGGUCUCAUCGGCUUCGGUCGUUCGGGCCAGGCUGUGGCGGUGCGGGCCAAGGUUUUCGGAUUCAAUGUCAUCUUCUAUGACCCCUACCUGCAGGACGGUCUGGAGCGCUCGCUGGGUGUCCAGCGCGUCUACACUCUGCAGGACCUGCUCUACCAGAGCGACUGUGUGUCUCUGCACUGCAACCUGAACGAACACAACCACCACCUCAUCAACGACUUCACCAUCAAACAGAUGCGUCAGGGUGCCUUCCUGGUCAACACUGCGAGAGGAGGUCUGGUGGAUGAGAAAGCCUUGGCCCAGGCAUUGAAGGAGGGCAGGAUACGUGGAGCAGCUUUGGACGUCCAUGAGACAGAGCCCUUCAGUUUUGCACAGGGCCCACUGAAAGACGCUCCAAACCUGAUCUGCACACCACACACAGCCUGGUACAGCGAGCAGGCCUCUCUGGAGAUGAGGGAGGCAGCCGCCACCGAGAUCCGAAGAGCCAUCACCGGCCGUAUCCCUGACAGCUUAAGAAACUGUGUCAACAAGGAGUUCUUUGUCACUACGGCACCAUGGGCAGUUAUGGAUCAACCAGGUGUUCACCCUGAGCUCAAUGGCGCCGCCUACAGAUACCCACCAGGUGUGGUUGGAGUGGCUCCGGGCGGCAUCCCGGGGGCAUUAGAGGGCAUGGUACCAGGUGGGGUGCCCAUCGCUCACACCCUGCCCUCUGGUACACACCCCUCCCAGGCCCCGUCACCCAACCAGCCCUCCAAACACGGCGAGACCAGAGAGCACCUCACCGAGCAAUAGCAGCAGAAGGGAUGCAAACGGCAACCUCUCAUCCAACUUGCAGACACAGAACCAACCAGUCACAGCAACCGACCAACUAGGACCAAGAGACGGUGAAACAACACAAGCGACUGCCUAUUAAAUCAGUCAGCAACUGGGAACAAAAGAAGUGUUCCGGGGAAUUUGUACUCUUAACAUUUUAGUUUUUACUCUCUCUCUCUUUGGUUUCAGUACCAACUUUACUCUUUGAUUUGUUUUUGUUUUUUUUGUUUUUGUUUUUUUGUGUUUGUUUGAUUGUUUUUCUUCGGGACAUGCCUAUGAUUGUGGACACAGAGUCCAGUGUUUUUAGCACUCCAGGAUAACCCAGUGAGACUCUAUCCUGCCUCCCAUCUACACCACAGAGCUCAUGGGAAAUGUAGGCCGACAUCUCAACACACCAAUGGGAGAACGAGAGAGGAAAAAAAAACAUUGGCGUCAUGUGCUACUGGAUCUUAUUCCCACCCCCCAGCCCCCUCCUGAUCCUCUCCAUCUCCCCCCCACCCACCUCCAACUUUCCUUAUGUAACUAAUGUGUGUUGUUUAGGCCCCUCAUUAAACCUCAACAGAGAAUUAUUUUUUUCUUUCGAUUCAUUGUAAAUGACUAAAAAUGAAUUAUUGACAGAUAUUUAUCAUUCGUCAAAAACGUUCAGUUAUAGUAGUCUUGAAUGGGUUUUUAACCCUUUCCUGGCAAUAAUAUAUAUAUAUGGCACAUGUUUUCACUACUCAAGGGUACCAUUAAGAUCUUAAGUUGCUCAAAUGCAUUGUGUGGGUUUUUUUUUUCUAACAAAAAGAUUUAUUUGACUACAGCUGAUGUUUUUAGGUUAUAUGAAGUCAAAGGAAGCUGGGGAAAGUAACAUUAUUACUUUCAUAAUCAUAAAGUUAGUGUUUCUGCAUCUGACUCCUCUGUGCUGCCAAACGGACAUCACUGAUGACAGCCAACAGACUACCAAGCCUAUUUUAACAGCAGCGCACAGAUCGACUUCCUCCCUUCUUUGAGCACAUUUCAUUCUAUGAAGACAGGAAAGGGUUAAAGCAACCUUAAUUUCUUAUUGACUCAGGAAAACACUUUUUGCAGAUAUUUAUGCCUAGAAUUUUGUCUUUGAGUAAAAAAAAAAAAAAAAAGACAACUAAUCUGGUUAGUCUCAAUAUUUUCUCUCCUCCCUCAUCUUCUCUCCAUUGUGGUAUUUUUAUAUACAAGGCACAUCCCACAUUUUUGGUGUUAAAGAGUUUUGAAGAGUCCUGUUAGAUUUGUAUUGCCUAGUUAAAUGUUCCUAUAACCAUAGUCCUAUGUGAUCUGCCCUCUCUCUUCUCUCCUUCUUAUAUUUUCUUUGUUCUGUUGAAGGCCAUGUUCUUGUACUUUGUAAGAGCAAUAGCAGAAACUCCUACUUAGUGUCCCAACCAUAGCAAAAGAGGCAGCCAGCAGUACGUUUUUGUUUUUAGUGUGAGUAUUUGUAUUUGUUUCUUGUACAAGGUGAACAUUUAGCAUUCAGUGCAGUUCAAAUAAAAAGAUAAGAUUCUGAGAAAGAGCCUUCUCUA